AUGGUGAACUUCACCGUUGACGAGAUUCGCGGUCUCAUGGACCGCCCCACCAACAUCCGUAACAUGAGUGUCAUUGCGCACGUCGACCACGGCAAGUCGACCCUGACCGACUCGCUGGUGUCGAAGGCUGGUAUCAUUGCCCACGCCAAGGCUGGUGACAUGCGCUUCAUGGACACUCGUGAUGAUGAGAAGGAGCGUGGUAUUACCAUCAAGUCGACUGCUAUCUCGAUGUACUUCCCCAUGAACAAGGACGACCUCGAGGCUAUCCAGCAGCCGAAGAACGGCAACGAGUUCUUGAUCAACCUGAUUGACUCGCCCGGUCACGUUGACUUCUCGUCGGAGGUCACUGCCGCUCUUCGUGUCACUGACGGUGCCCUUGUCGUCGUCGACUGUAUCGAGGGUGUGUGUGUGCAGACCGAGACCGUGCUGCGCCAGGCCCUGGGUGAGCGUAUCAAGCCCGUCGUCUGUCUGAACAAGGUCGACCGUGCUCUUCUUGAGCUCCAGGUCGACAAGGAGGAUCUCUACCAGUCCUUCCAGCGUACCAUCGAGUCGGUGAACGUGGUGAUUGCCACCUACAACGACCCCGUCCUCGGUGAGUCGCAGGUGUACCCUGAGAAGGGCACUGUCGCCUUUGCCUCGGGUCUGCACGGCUGGGCCUUCACUCUGCGUCAGUUCGCUGACCGCUACGGCAAGAAGUUCGGUGUCGACAAGAACAAGAUGAUGACCAAGCUCUGGGGUGAGAACUUCUUCAACCCCAAGACCAAGAAGUGGUCGUCGAAGGAGACCGACUCGGAGGGCAACAAGCUUGAGCGUGCCUUCAACAUGUUUGUGCUCGACCCCAUCUACCGCAUCUUCGAGUGCAUCAUGAACUUCAAGAAGGAUGAGACUGCCAAGCUGCUCGAGAAGCUCGAGAUUGUGCUCACUCCCGAAGAGCGCGACCUUGAGGGCAAGGCACUCCUGAAGGUGGUCAUGCGCAAGUUCCUGCCCGCCGGUGAUGCUCUUCUGGAGAUGGUUGUUAUCAACCUCCCCUCGCCCGUCACUGCCCAGAAGUACCGUGUCGAGACCCUGUACGAGGGUCCUCUCGACGACGAGUCGGCUAUUGGUAUCCGCGACUGUGACCCCAACGGUCCUCUCAUGCUUUACGUGUCGAAGAUGGUGCCCACCUCGGACAAGGGUCGCUUCUACGCCUUCGGUCGUAUCUUCUCGGGCACUGUCCGCUCGGGUCCCAAGAUCCGUAUCCAGGGUCCUAACUACGUGCCUGGCAAGAAGGACGACCUGUUCAUCAAGUCGAUCCAGCGUACUGUGCUUAUGAUGGGCCGUUACAUUGAGCCGAUUGAGGACUGCCCUGCCGGUAACAUUCUGGGUCUGGUCGGUGUGGACCAGUUCCUGCUCAAGAGCGGUACCCUGACCUCGUCGGAGACGGCCCACAACAUGAAGGUCAUGAAGUUCUCCGUCUCGCCUGUCGUGCAGGUCGCCGUGGAGGUGAAGAACGCCAACGAUCUGCCCAAGCUGGUCGAAGGUCUCAAGCGUCUGUCGAAGUCCGACCCCUGUGUGCAGUCGUGGAUUGCUGAGUCGGGUGAGCACAUUGUGGCUGGUGCUGGUGAGCUGCACCUCGAGAUCUGUCUUAAGGAUCUCGAGGACGACCACGCCGGUAUCCCUCUGAAGAUCUCGGACCCUGUCGUCGGUUACCGUGAGACUGUGCAGGCCGAGUCGAGCAUGGUGGCUCUGUCGAAGUCGCAGAACAAGCACAACCGUCUGUACGUGUCGGCUCAGCCCCUGGAUGACGAGCUGUCCAAGGAGAUCGAGACUGGUACGGUCAACCCCCGUGACGACUUCAAGAUUCGUGCCCGCUACCUGGCCGACAACUACGGCUGGGAUGUCACGGACGCCCGUAAGAUCUGGUGCUUCGGUCCCGAGACCACUGGUCCGAACGUGCUGGUGGAUGUCACCAAGGGUGUGCAGUACUUGAACGAAAUCAAGGACUCGUGUGUGGCUGCCUUCCAGUGGGCCACCAAGGAGGGUGUGUGUGCUGAGGAGAACGUUCGUGGUGUGCGCUACAACAUCAUGGAUGUGACGCUCCACACCGAUGCCAUCCACCGUGGUGGUGGUCAGAUCAUCCCCACGACCCGCCGUGUGUGUAACGCUGCCGCCCUGCUGGCCCAGCCCGGUCUGCAGGAGCCCAUGUACCUGGUCGAGAUCCAGUGCCCUGACUCGGGUCUGGGUGGUAUCUACUCGACGCUCAACAAGCGUCGUGGUCAGGUCUUCAGCGAGGAGCCCCGUGUUGGUACGCCUAUGGUCACUGUCAAGGCGUACCUGCCCGUUAGCGAGUCGUUCGGCUUCAACGCCGACCUGCGCCAGGCCACUGGUGGCCAGGCCUUCCCCCAGAGUGUGUUUGACCACUGGGCCCUCAUGAACGGUAUCGCGAGCGACAAGACCAGCAAGCUUUACGAGCUUGUCAAGUCGAUCCGUAUCCGCAAGGGUCUGAAGGAGGAUGUGCCGGACCUGAGCGUCUACUACGACAAGCUCUAA